AUGUCAUGCACCGAUUGUGCCCAGAAAUUUCAAAAAUGGCGGAAAUACGUCGUAAUAGUCGGUGGCAUAUUUAUCUAUCUACCAAUUGGUGUGCCGUGGUAUUUUGGAAACCUGGCCACCUAUAUCAACUCCUACUUCCACGCCCAGGCCCCAAACGAGGUGGAUUUCGUGGACCCACAGUGGAUCUUUUCUGCCUUCUUCAUCACCUUCUCCUUGGCCCUCAUUGCCUCUGGGUACAUUAGUAAUAUGUAUGGUCCACGACUGACAGUGCUCGGAGCUCUGAUAGUUCACAGCGGAGCAACAUUUGUCAGCUACUACGCCAUUCAACAUUCCAUGAUAGCUUUGAUCACUGUGUUUGGAGCCAUUGGAGGACUCGGGGCUGGGCUGUCUUAUGGGCCACCUCUUCCUGUUGUCAUCAGAUGGAUGCCUCGACGUGUGGGACUGGCCAGUGGGGCGCUAAUGACCGGGUUCGGAGGGGGCGCUGUAUUCUACAAUGAACUUAUCACGUUCUUUAUAAACCCGGAUAAUGUGAAAGCAAAUGUACAAGGCUCUCGUACAAAAUAUUUUAGCCAGCCAGAGAUUCUCCGGAGGAUCCCACUAGUUUUCCUGGUCUUAGGGGCUCUAACAGUGAUCUUACAACUUAUAGGUGUGCUGUUACUGAGGUUACCAGUUGAGGGCGACGAG